UCAACUUUUACAUUAUAUGAAACUAUAAAGUGAAAAAGAUGAAUCUUGGUAUCGAAAUGAUCGAUAUUUGUAUUGGUCCAAGCUUUCUUCCUUCGUCUCUCGCUCUCUCGUGUGACGUAGUAGCUUUCGUUUUCUCUUCCCGAGCCCUCUUCCAUCCCCUCGGAGUCUUGGGAAGUGUGCGUAAAAAGCGCGCGUGUUGAAUCCUCGUCUCCUCCUCCUCCUCCUCUUCCUCCUCGUGCUGGUUCCUUUCUUUCUCCAGUGGGCUGCGGCCAUGUUUAAUUCUCUUUCACUCUCUGACCUUUAGUCGGCCCAUUGGACCGCAUAGUCGGCUCGCUUGUCUGCUCGGUGCUGGUUUGUCGCUGAGGAUGUUGCAGCCCAACCAAGAUCAGCGCGCCAUGUAACCAAGUCAGGUGUGAAGCAGCUUUGCUAAAAAGUUUGAUGGAGAGCUGGUCGGAUGACAGCUGGAACUGUUGUUAUAACUGGAGGAAUCCUGGCCACGGUGAUACUUCUGUGUAUCAUAGCUGUGCUCUGUUACUGUAGACUCCAGUACUACUGCUGUAAGAAGAAUGGGUCUGACAGCGGCUCCAACUCUCUGCAGCACUUUGAAUGCAACGCCUGCGGUGUCGCCGGCCUGGAUGGCACCACGGACACCCCACUCUCACUUUCACCACCAGAUCCACCGGCGACCUCCAAACCCAGAAAAGCCUCAGCGGGGCGUCGCCGUUACUGCCCCACCUGCUCCCCCUAUGACUCCCCUUUUUUCAUCCGUACCGCCGAUGAGAUGCGAAAUGGAGGCGAGCGUAUCACUUACAUGCCCACACACUACGAGAACCAGGCGCUGGCCAUGCCGCUGCCCACCGUGCGAAGCGCCCUGCUGAGGGAGGUCCCGCGGAGCAGACCACCUGAGUUCUACACUAACACUCGAGCAAUCAGCACAGAAGUGUGACACUGAAACUGCUGAACAGAAGCAAUUUUGGACGCUUUAAACUAAAAUUUACUUGUUUGGCAGAUUAUCUAUGCGAUAAGAUGAAGUUUUCAAAUUGAGUUGACCUUUUUGUCUAAUUGUACAUGGGGUGUAUGUUUGUAAAGUACACUAUAUAUUGACUGUUAACUGUAUUUACAGACUGAGGGCUAUCUUACCUAUGUAAAACCUGGUUUAUAUACAGUAUCUGCCAAAAACAAAUACAUAUUGAAAAAAAACGUGAUGCAAUUAUAUGUGCCCAGUGAUUGACUAUAGCAAUCACCCAAAGUCAGCUGGGAUAGGCUCCAGCUUCCCCAUGCCACUAAUGAUGACAAGCACCAUAGAAAAUGAAUGGAUGGUGUGAUGCAUUUGUGUCACGGAAUUUGUCAUCCUAUCUCUUUUGAUUCUAAUGUAAAAGGGCCAUUCCUCUUUACUGAUGCAAAAAGUUUUACAACUAAAAUGACUAUAAAAACUAUGACCGGUACUCAUUAUUUGUGUGUUUUGGGUGGAUAUUAUGUGAUAUGAUGUCAUUUAUUCUACUUUGCCUACACACUUUCUGUCACCAUACUACCAUGUUUAUUCUGAAUAUUUCAAAUAAAUAUAGCCGUGUUGUGUUUUUUAUUUAAAUGUAUCUAAGUAUUGGGAUAUGAUACACAUUUCGAAGAUGAAUUAUCAUUGUUUGUGAUCAAAAAUAUGGUCUGCGGUUAUAGUGUACAGUGGCAUCUUCUGUUAAAAUGUUGGAGUUUGUGCUCAUCCACGUCUUUUUCCAUUGUAUUUUCAGCAGAAAGUGACACAAUUGAUUACCAGCAACUUUAUUAGUCACUUGUGUUAUUGAACUUUUAUUUAAUCCCACUUCUUAUGCUUCAGAAAUGUUAUUUUCUUUGGAUGAGGAAGGGCAAAUAAAUACAGGACACUAUUAUAAAGUCAUUAAUUAAAUCAGCAUUUUUAUACUGUGAAAAAUGUUACAUGUUUAUAAAAGUGAUCAGUAAAUUAAAGUUUUGUCACAGAAGGAAUCAUUAUUUGUUCAUCUAGUUAUUGUAUUGCCGAACUAUUCUAAAGUAACUUUACUCGUUACUCAUGUAAACAGAAUGAGAUGAUAUUUUGAAAUGUUGACACAGAACUCAACAUAUGAUCAGUAAUCUAUG